AUGGCGCCACGCAGCAAGAAAGCUGCGACGAGUUUGAGAAAGACUCGAGCAUCCCCUCAGGAUAGCCCCCAGACUGCUGAUCCAAGACGGACCAGCCAGCGUCUCCGAGCUCGAGCAAGCAUCACCACUGCUUCGGUGACUACUACAGUUGUUACCACCCAAACCACGGUCAUCCUCCAGGAAGAGACUCCGGUCGCUAUUUCUCAGCCAGUCCUCUCGAAGAAGCGCAAGAUCGACGGGCCAGAGGAUGAGUACAGCCAGACAAGUACUCCGUUGAAGAAGCGGACCAUCAGCUUCAGCCAUGAGAGCAAUCCCUCACUCGGGACUCGUUCCAAAACGAAGCGUUUGGGAUUGAUUCUGGCUGAAGGACAGACUAGCACUGUCUCUACCCCAGAGAAAGAUGCCGCCCCUGUCGACCCAACUGUCAAGGCUGAGCCGACGACAGAUGGCCCCGCUUCUGAGGUUUCGACCAAAGUCAAGCCAAAGAAGUCCAGCAUCCUUGCCCACGUCGUCGAACGGCUCCCUCACCCUGACUCUAAAGGCCAAAAGUUCAAGAGCCUGCGAUUCAGAUACCCCAUCAAGCGCCUGCCUUUGGACUACCUCCAUGCCAUCCCAAUCAACGAGAGAAACAUCAACAUUAAUGCUGGUGCUCUGCGAAUUCGAAAGAGUUCUGCGUUUUGGGACAACCAAGAGCUUGCGAUCAAGUUCUGUUUCUCGCCCUUUCUCAGCCGCCCCGAGCCGACUCCUCAGCAGUGUCGUGACGUCUGGAGCAUUCUUGACAAAUGGCUGCGUAGCAGGGAUACGCCGAUCAUCGUCGAGCCGGUUGGCACGAGCUCAGGCACCGAAGGCCCCAUGCACGGCAGCACCGGGGUCACAGUCGACUGUCUCGUACGCACCAUAAUGUCACAGGCCACUCUAAACGAUCUUGCCCUCCAGGUGCAGACUCAGCUGACGCAAUACUUCCCCUACAUGGUCAAUGGCGAAAGAAUUGCAGGGGAACUGCCCAACUUCCAUACCAUGCGAACAGCCUCCCUUGAAGACCUCGAGAAGGCUAUUAAACGGGGUGGUCUAUUCCAACGCAAGGCCAAGACUAUUCAGAGCUGCCUGAACGCCGUCUAUGACGAGAAUGUUAAACAGCUGAAGGCUGCGAAUGGCGGUACGCUCCCUGAUGGCACCUGUCUCGGACAGGAACCCAAUAGCCCUGAGUUCGUUCCUGGUUUGCUGUCCAUGAACUUCAUCAACGGUCUGGACAUGGUUGAGGUAUUCAAUUUCCUCGUUGGGAUUCCUGGUAUUGGCCACAAGACGGCAUCUUGCAUUCUGGAGUUCAACUACGGCUUCCCAAUCUGCGCGGUUGACGUCCAUGUGCACAAGAUGACCAAGUGGCUGGGCUGGGUACCUCAAGAUAGCAACGAGCUUCAAGCUUUCAAGCACCUCGAAGGCCGCAUCCCCAACCACCUCAAGCAUCUCCUUCACCAAGCAUUCUGGCACCACCCCCAGCUGUGCAAACCUUGCAAGAAGAAAUUUGAUGCAGAGAAAUCCACAACGGACGAAGCCGAGGAGAACUCAACUGCAACACCGACCAAGAAUGCGCCCAAGGAGUCCAAGAAGGGGUCUGCUCAGAAGCCCCGCGAGCCAGGCCAGCUGCAGCUAGGCUUUCCAUUAGCCAAAAAAGAGGUGCAAGAAGAUCGAGACGAGGAAGAGAUGGUUUUGGGAAAGAAAGUGGAGGUCGUGUUAGCCGAGAUCUGCCCUCUUGAGCACUUAUUGACUCGUAUCGUGCGUAAAGUGUCUCCCAAGAAAGAGGCAGGAAGGAAGAAGAAGGCAAGCACAAGCCCGCUGGUCAAGAAGGAGAAGGGCCCGGCUGAGAUCAAGCCGUGGGAUGCAUUCGAGAACGAGGCAGAGGCUGCGCUUGCCGGAUACGUGGCCCUCAACGUUAAUCACAGCGACGACUUCAAUGCUGGAUCCGCUAAUACGCGCGUCAAACGACAAUGGUUUCGCCAGAUGGGGGUCAGCGUUGAGACCAAGGUGGAGGUGAGCGAGGAGGUGGGCGAGGACACCAGCCCCUGA